AGAGUUUGCAAAACGUAUUUUGUUGUUGUGUUGCUCGCUAGCGAAUCCAAUAACUAUACUAUGCGAUCUGAGUUUGCGGCAUAAAAAUACAAAAAUUGCCAAAGCAAAAGCGGAGGGCGAAAAACGCGAAAGGCAACGCUUGAAACGCCAGUGAAGUCGUGGCCAGUGAGAAGAUAACACCCAUUGUUGUUAUUAUUUAUUUAUUUUUUACAUAUUUUUUUUAAACCGCUGUGCGGGAGUGCGUGGUGUGAUAGCAAAAAGUGAGCGAAAGAAGUGAAUAAGAAGACGAAAAAGGAGUGUGUUGGGGGCAAUGACAACGUCGACAAUUAAGACAACGGGCGGCGAGGAAAUGCCGCCGGCGGGGGUGGUGGGCGGUGUGGGCGAUGUCGCCGAUGUGGGAGUGUCCGCCAGCCUGACCAAACGGGACUCCGAGGAGGAUACGUGGGCAUCCAAGGGGUACAACUACAUCAAUCCGUUUGUCCAUCGCAUCGAAAUCGACAGUCACAUUGAGGUGGCCAAGAUCUAUGUGCUGACAGUGCUGCUCCUGCCCAUCCGCGUGGUGGGCUGCGUCCUCUCCCUGAUCUCCGCGUGGAUGUUCGCCUGCAUUGGCCUCUAUGGAAUGACCCUGGAUGAUCUCAAGGCGAAACCCCUCACCGGCUGGCGGAAACAAAUGCAAUGCAUGACGGCCCGUGGGAUGCGCAUGGUGUACACCUUCGGAUCGUUCCACUAUGUGACCAUGAAGGGUCGAGCGGCGACAGCGAAAGAGGCACCCAUUUUGGUGGUGGCACCGCACUCCUCCUACGUGGACUCCAUCCUGGUCGUGGCCAGUGGCCCGCCCUCGAUAGUGGCCAAGCGGGAGACGGCGGACAUUCCGCUGCUCGGUAAGAUCAUCAACUAUGCGCAGCCCAUCUAUGUGCAGCGCGAGGAUCCCAAUUCGCGCCAGAACACCAUCCGUGACAUUGUCGACCGCGCACGCUCCACAGACGACUGGCCACAGGUGGUCAUCUUCGCCGAGGGCACCUGCACCAAUCGCACGGCACUGAUUAAGUUCAAACCGGGCGCAUUCUAUCCGGGCGUGCCCGUCCAGCCGGUGCUCCUCAAGUAUCCAAAUAAAUACGACACCUUCACCUGGACCUGGGACGGACCUGGAGUAUUACGCCUGCUGUGGCUGACGAUGACGCAGUUCUAUAACCGCUGCGAGAUCGAAUAUCUGCCCGUGUACACACCAUCGGAGGACGAAGUGGCCGAUGCCAAUCUGUAUGCCAACAAUGUGCGCGAGGUGAUGGCCAAGGCCCUGGGUGUGCCCACCUCGGAUUAUUCGUUUGAGGAUGUGAUUGUGAUGAGCCGAGCCCGCGACAUGAAGAUUCCCUUCCCCGGCGACAUCGUGGAAAUCGAGCGCACCAUCGAGAAGCUGGGCCUGAUCGAGAGCCAACGGGACGCGGAGCUGUGCAAGGGCUUUCUCCGGCUGUCCAACACGGACAGGUUGGACAUCAUCACGUUUGGCGAGCUGCUCCAGGUGGAUCUCAAGAAUACCAAUCUGCACAAGCUGUUUGCCCUGCUGGAUCACCGUCGUUCGGGCACAGUGAGUUUGAAGAGCUUCCUGCUUUGUUCCCUCUUCUGUAAAUUGAAGAACUCCGAUCUUUUGACCUUCCUGCGCGCCCUCAUCCACAUCUACAGCGAAUCCAGUCAGCAAAUCGACAGGGAAAGUUUUGUGCGAUUGCUGAGACACGCUGGCGGCAAACUGAAUGAACAAAAGGCCCAGGCGCUCUUCUAUGCUCUGGAUACCGACAACCUGGGCUACGUCUCCUUCGAUUCCUUUGCGGAGCUCACGGAGAAGCAGAAAUCGAGCUAUAAAUUUCUCUAUCACAAAUCGGAGCACAUACGGCGACCGAAGGCGGCAGUUACAACGGCCGAGAAUUGAAGAUCUGGAGCACGUUUUUGUGUGUUCACAGGAAAUGGAGUCCAGCUGGAAGACGUGGAGUUGUAACCAAGAGAAAUACCCAACCUAAGCAGAAUGUUCAACUGUCGAGUGUAUAUUUUUAAUAUUUAUUUAUCGUGUAGCGCGUGUCCUGGCACCCAUAUAUUGUAAUUAAUAUAAUUUUUAUUAUUAUUACCAUA